AUGUUCUCUUCUUUCCUGAUGGGCGCUGGUCCCGCGCCGCAGAUGCCAUGGAAGGAUCCGAGAAGUUGGACUGUGAGAGACUAUGAGAAGUUGGGCGAAGUGAUGGAAGAAUGGGCGAGUAGAGAGUAUGGAAAGAAUCACGGUUCGAGUAGUAGAGGAGGAGGAAACGGAGGAAGUGGGUAUCCGCCUUGGCCGGGGAUGACUGGCGGAGGUGGAGGAUACUGGGAUGGUGAAUAUGGUAGUGGAGCAGGGAGACACCAUGGUGGCAGGAGGAGCAGACGAUACGUCCCCUGGGAUCAAUUCGAAGACCUCAAAUCCAAUUUCCACCAAAUGGCCGAGCAGUACCAACGCCACAUGUCCGAACAAGACGCAUUCUUAUUCGGCUCAGAUACGGAUCGAAGGAAAGAGCAAUAUCGACAGAAUAUGCUCAAUCAGCUGAAAGAGAUGAUGCCCCAGCUGGCGCAGAUGAUGUAUUCCGGAGGAGGCAUGGCUCAGCAGCAGCAGCAGCAGCAAUUUUUCCCAAGACAGCAGAUGCCAGGAAUGAUGCCCAACCCUAUGAUGCCGUGCACUGCUACUGGAGGCACUAUGCCCGGGAUGGGCAUGGCAGGAGUGGCACCUACAGUAGGUUGUGGAAUGCCGGCAACACCAAUGCCUGAUCCUAUGCAAGCUGCUGCCAUGAUGAAUGGCAUGAUGAACAACCCUAUGGCGGCCGCAGCUAUGCAACAACAAAGCAUGACACCAGCUGCCUCCAUGCAGAUGGGCGUGAAUCCAGGUAUGAUGAAUGGUGGUGCUGGGGUCAUGCCACCAAUGAUGAACAAUGGUAUGAUGAUGAAUGGCAUGAUGGAUCAGCAGCAGCCACCCUUACCACCAGCGAAUAUGAGCAGACGCGCACGGAGACGAAACUUCACCGCGUACGAUGAUGGUUUCGAUGACGAUUACGACGACUUCCGGCCCAGACGAGCUGGGUUUAGAAGACGGAGAGACUGGAGAGAUGAUGGCGAUAUGCUUGGCGGGUAUACUGGCGAUAUGCGUGGGCCUAGAGGACCUAUGCCUGGUGGUUCUGGGCCUCAUCGCCCGGCAGGAGGAAUGGUAUUCGACGAUGACGUCGAAUCUUUGCAUGCGAACAUGGGCGCAGGGCAUGGAAAUGGACCUCUCAGGGCGCAGCCAACAUAUCCGCAUGAUGCGCCCCCGACACAUUUGAACGGAGCUGCUACCGCUGCUUCAAACUUUUCACCCCCCUUAAGGAGGCCUGACUAUAAUGCGGCUGACGCAGCGGCAUCAGCAGAUGCGCAGCAGCACAGGAGCGCGAUGUACGGAGCGGACACAACCUACGCCCCACCGAUGGAGGCCGCAGAAGGCAUGUACACUCGGAUGGCGUUCCAAGCAAGAGCAGGCGCGGCCGACAGCGCUCCAGACAUGGAAUAUGGCGGGUUGUAUCCGGCUGCAUACGGUAUGGGCGGAGUGCACUCUGGCAUGGCAGCUGCUGCGCCGUACGCCUCAGCAAGCACUGGACCUGGCGUUCCGACAGCAGCCGCAGGCCCGUCAACGAUGAGGUCUGCGAUGAAGCGUACCGUCAGUUUCGAUCCUGGAGUGCCGACCGAGACACCCCAUCUCACUCGACCGCGCCAAGAAGAAAGUGCACGAGGAGAGGCUAAUGCAGGCGCUCCACCUGAUCCGCGCGACGGACUUGGGAAAUCGAAGGGAAUCUGA